CCAUAACAGCACGACAAAAAACCGUAUCCCCAUCGGAAUUUCCUUCCCAUCAUAACUUUUUUUUAUCUCCAAUUCUUCCCCCCAAUUUUUCGCCGGAGCUCCACCAAUCCUUCAACCACCACCCCUUUUCCGAAUUCUCUUCAAUUUCUAGAUACCCUUUUUGUUUUAGACUGAAUUACCUAUUCCAAUUUGAUUGUUUCAUGUUUGGGAUGAAGAAAGUCAAUUCCAAGGAGUAGGGUUUGAAUUCGUUGUUUUUUGGGAACUUUUCAAAUGGCAUCUUCAAGGUCCCCGAAUGGAUCUUCCGAUGAUAUUCUCGAUACCUCCCCUUUGAUGGGGACUCCGAAUCGGUCGUUGGACGAUACGCAUUCGGGUCGGAGAUUUGUGCAGAGGCAAAGUUUGCGUCAGGCGGCGAGGUUUCUUAGGCAAGCUAGUAAUCGGAGGACGAUGCGUGAGCCGUCUAUGUUGGUAAGAGAGACGGCUGCGGAGCAAUUGGAGGAGAGGCAGAGUGAUUGGGCGUAUUCGAAGCCGGUUGUCAUCCUUGAUAUCGUUUGGAAUUUCGCUUUUGUUGUUGUUGCUGCUACCAUUUUGGUUCUCAGCCGUAACGAGUCUCCUUCAAUGCCUUUGAGACUGUGGAUCGUGGGGUAUGCGUUUCAAUGUAUUCUUCAUAUGGUAUGCGUUUGUGUUGAGUAUCGUCGUCGCCGACAGCUACGAUAUUCGGCCUUUAGUUCGAUGGAGGAGGGAAAUUCUGCACGCUCGAUUUCGGGAUUGGGGUCGAGGGCAAACUCGAGUCAUUAUGUAUCAUUGGCUCAAUUGGAUGAGAACGAUAGCAGUGUAGCAAAGCACCUUGAAUCUGCAAAUACAAUGUUCUCCUUCAUCUGGUGGAUUAUUGGAUUCUAUUGGGUAUCUGCAGGAGGACAAUCUUUAGCACAGGCCUCUCCCCUGCUUUACUGGUUAUGUAUCAUAUUCUUGGGUUUUGAUGUGUUCUUUGUGGUUUUCUGUGUUGCUUUGGCAUGUAUCAUUGGAAUUGCUGUUUGCUGCUGUCUUCCUUGUAUCAUUGCACUUUUAUAUGCUGUAGCGGACCAGGAAGGAGCGACCAAAGAAGAUGUCGAACAGUUGUCAAAAUUUAAAUUCAGAAAGGUUGAAAACACCGAGAAAUUCUCCACUGAUGUACAGGAACCUCUCGGUGGGGUAAUGUCUGAGUGUUGUACAGAUUCACCCAUUGAACGCCCCCUCUUGCAAGAGGAUGCGGAGUGUUGCAUCUGCCUUUCUGCAUACGAGGAUGGUGUCGAGCUACGAGAGCUCCCAUGUGGUCAUCACUUCCACUGUGCAUGCGUCGAUAAAUGGCUGUAUAUUAAUGCCACCUGUCCUCUCUGCAAGUACAACAUCUUGAAAAAUAGCAAUCUUGCUCAAGAGGAAGUUUGAAAAAUACGUUCUGAUUUACGUGUAUGAAUGCUUAUACAGGUGAGUUGUGUGUAGUUAUGAAAGAGAUGAAUCAGCAAACUCAUUAUAGUAGGGUCGCUCUUUUGCAGCAGAUGCUAUUGUUAUUUUUUUUGUUGUAGUUUUUGCUCUGCUCGGGUUGGUCGUGUAAAUGGCGAUGUGAAGAUUCUCUGUAAUGACUAAUUCUUAAGGCAUUCCCUCCUCCUUAGUCCUCAACUUAUGUAAUCGUAUCACUCAAUAAAUUUAAGUUGCAAAUCCUUGGUUCCUGUUCCAA